AUGACUACAAAUCGACAACUAAUGCCUGAUUUAGAAGUCGUUGAGGGGAUAGACAAAAUCUGUAAUGAACUUGAUAAGUGUAAUCUAAACAAAAAUUUAGAAAUAACUUACGAAGAAAAUAAGCUUAACAAUACUGAUACCUUGAAUUCACAAAAGUAUGAUCUUGGGUAUUCGACUUCUAAAGAAAAUAACACUAAGCCAGUAAAGGGUAUUAGGUUAAAAUCUAAAACCUCAAAGAAGGCAACACGUCCAUUUGACAGAGAUAAAAAUGCAGUAACUGAAUAUAACGAAAAUUUCUCUGAGCCGGAUAUCAAGACAUAUAUAAAACUUAAAGACCUUACAGAUAAUAAAACGAAUACGCCUCUAAUACGAAGAAAACGUAAAUUAUAUUCAACAGAAGAAGAAAAGUGUAAUGAUAACUGGACCAGUGAUUGCGAAAUUGUGAGCGAAGCUGUCUCUAACAAAAAUUUUAAAAUAACGUGCCAUAAAGAAAAAGACAAUGAGCGCAAAGAAUAUAAACAAAAAUCGCGAAACAAAAAAUCCAAAAAAUUAGUUCUGUCACUACAUACAAAGAAAAUGAAUGAUUUGUUUGAUAAACUAAAACAUAUUAGCAAUAACAAUGAAAAAAUAAUUUUAGUUGAUAAAACAAAUGACGUUUCAAUUUAUAAUUUUACUAGCGAUAGUGAAGAAGAUGAUUUUAGACUAAGUACGCUCAAACGAAAUAAUAUAACUUCAGGCGGCAGUGUUACCCCGGUUAUUAAAGAUGAAAUAAAAGAUAAGGCUAAUGUCAAGCGAAAAAGAAACAAUCGCCCGAAAUCGAUUAUUACAUUUGAAAUGUCUACGCAGCAACUUAUUGAUGAACUUGCUGUAGACAUAUUAAACACAUCGCUCGAAAUUCGAAAACCUCUAGAAAGUAAAGUUAAUAUGGAACCUCCACCCAAAUUGGCAAUAAAACGUAAACUGGAAGCAAUUACGGAUGAUGAAGUAAAAAUGAUAGAAAAUUUUGAAGGCGAGGUACCUUCAUUGCAUAAAGAAAAACAUUCAAACGAAGUUAAAAAAGCAACUUUAUCAAAUGACACGAGCGAGGGAACUGAAAGUCCACUACCCGAAUUAAUCAUAGAAAAGAUGAAACCACACCGUGAUGAUAAUGAUUCACUCCUAUCUAAUGCGACAAAAAACAUAAAAGAUAUAUACGAAGAAAUAUUUUAUACAAAAGGAUGUGAAUUAAAUAUAACCCAAAAUUUGCUGCCUGACGUGGACAAAAUUGAUGAUAAUAAUGAGCGGAAUAGCUGUUCAUAUAUGUUUAAUAUUACAGAUGAGUUAAAUCAAGUAUCUAAAUGUUUAGCGCCAGCAUCCAAAUCAUCUCCAGAAAAAGAGUCGCCUAUUAAGGAAACUGAAAAAAGUAAUAAAUUUAUGAUUCAAAAGGAAUUAAAUAAAAAAUUAAGCAUCGACACUAACCAAAAUAAAAUAAAUUCAAGUAAUGAAAUAAAAAACAUAUCAGGAAAUACAGAAAUACAUUUAGAAAAAUCUAUUUACCAUACUGCUGGCUCCUCUUCUAUGUCUACGAAAACUACAGUUAAAUGUAAAUCUACUAAGUCAGUUAAUGAAAGUUUAGAAAAUUCACUAGAAAAUAAAAAUGACUGCUUAGGGAGUUCGUCAGCAGUCCAUGAUGUUAUAGAGUCGUGUCAACAUUCCAAUAAGAGCACGUCCACGAAAAUUAACACAUCGAGAGUUGCAGUAAAAAGAAAAUCUGCGACAACUCGAGAUUGUAAAAAACGAAAAGUCGAGGUCAAAGAUACUCAGGAAACAUGCGACAGCUGUUCAAGUAUUUCCAGUGUGAACGAUUGGCUCAAAAGAUCUGUUCCUACGACUAGUACAGCAGAAUCACUUGAUUUCGGUUUAAAAGAGACCACACUAAACGUAAUAGAAAAAUUUGACAGCACAGUUGACGUAAUACAUCACAAUACAAAUAAGAAAUUCAUAAAAUUCUUGGUGGAACCGCAGAAACAGCUCCAAGACCUGAAGCUGAGCCCUGAGCUGAAAGACCAACGUCGUACUCAAAACAAGCAAGCCGUUACCGGUUUGCUCAACGACAUAGUUGAGCUGAUCGUUGUCAAAUUCUCGGCACUGGAUAUAAGGUCAUAA